UAUAACCACGGGGAGUUUCUGCACGUUCCUCAUGUGUGCGGCAGUACAUUACUACUCGCAUUGGCGCGUAGGCUUUUACAUAUCUGGAAGCAUACAAAUGAUAUGGGCUAUUAUUUGGGUCUUCAUUGUCACCGAUAGCCCAAGGAAACACCCCUAUAUAUCUGACGAGGAACAAACAUAUUUAGUUAAUACAAUUGGAAACAUUUUUGCAAUAAAAUCGACAAAUGCUCAGGCUCCAUGGCGGCUAAUACUAAGAUCUGUGCCGUUUUGGGCACUCUGCAUCCUCAACUUUGGAUACUCCUGGAUGAUUAUUUCCCUUUGUCUCUACGGUCCACUUUUCUAUUCUAGAGUCAUCAAAUACUCCAUUUAUACGGCAUCGGCGCUUACAGCAUUACCAUUUUUCUUACGUUUAGUGCUGGGAACAAUCCUUAUACAGACUGUUCACAAUUACAAAUACAAGCCGCAAGUAUGUCGGAUAAAACAUCUCAGGAAAUAUUUCAUCAUAGUGUCUCACGUCAUCCCUGGAAUGUUGGUUUGCGUUUCAUGGUUGCUGCCGAUCGUUCCGGGUCCCUUUCUGCUAACUUUAGCAGUUGCGUUAACAGCUGCCGGAAUGGAUCUGACAUUGGACCUCUGUUAUGAGCUGACGCCUACAUACGUGAAUUCUAUCAAUACAAUCAUUAAAAUAAUUGGGAAUACGUCAGGCAUAAUAAUAUCUCUUUGUGUCGGACAAGUAACAUACAAGUAUAAGAAUUUGCCAAUGGUGUGGAAGCAUAUCUGGUGUUUUCAUGCAUCUGUAUUAUUUAUGAGCGGAAUCAUAUUUUUGAUUUGGGGUGAGACUGAAAUACAGCCAUGGAACCAGACAAAUAAAGAGAGAAGCCGGCAACGCGCGCGCAAGAUUAUAAUUCCUUUGCCAUCUGUAAUGUCAAAUAUUACUGAAGUAGAAGAAACCAGUGUGAGGUCAUCAUUAGCGAGAGUUUCUCAAAUUUAAUUCAGCGAAACACUACCGUAUCUCAAUUAGAAUUUAUUUAUUGCCAAAAAUAAAUA